AUGCCAGACUCUCGAGUGAUGCCGAGUACGUCAACGGACGACGAGCCAACGAACCCGUCAAGAUUGCAGGCCUGGUCCGCAGUAUCAGGAAGCAGAAGAACGUCGCCUUUGCCCGGAUCGGUGAUGGUUCUACGCUCGCGAAUGUCCAGGCUGUGUUUCCGGAUCCGCAAUUGGCCAAAGAAGCAUGGGCAAUUUCUGACACCAAGCUCCAGCAUUACCAACGGUGCAUACGUCUUGUUGGUAGGCAAGUGGAUUCCUUCCAAGGGAGCAGGACAAAGUCAUGAACUGCAAGUCGAGAAGAUUGAAUCACUAGGUGAUGGCAAUACCUCUGAGAACCCAAUCCAAAAGCAAUCCAUGUCGACUGAUUUUCUCCGAACGGUCCCUCACCUUCGAAUGCGCACAGCCUUUCACUCCCUGGUCAACCGGACUCGCAGCCAAAUGAUCUCCGCCAUCGUGUCGCACUUUUCCAACCUACCAGACCCCGUGUAUCAAGUACUGCCGCCGCUGAUAACCUCGUCCGAUUGUGAAGGUGCGGGAGAAGCUUUCACUAUAGCUCCGCAAAGCCACGAGCAACUUCCAGGAACAACACCAGACACGUCCAAGGGACAAGAGAAGCUGUACUUUCGAGAACCAAAAUACCUCACUGUAUCAUCACAGCUACAUCUUGAGGCACAUGCCGCUGAACAAGGGGAUGUCUUUGCCUUCUCUCCCACCUUCCGCGCCGAAGAAAGUGAUACCCCACGGCAUCUUGCGGAAUUUUAUAUGCUCGAGGUUGAACAUCGACAUGUUGCUUUCAAAGACCUCCUAUCCCGAGUGCAGAGCUUGGUGACAUAUCUGGCGCAAUCACUUCAAGAGCAUCGCACGGGCAGGGAACUUGUGGAGUACUACUCGGACCAGAAACACCGCUCUUCAGAUGCAGACUUUGUGGACCUGCAAGAUCGCUGGGACAGACUCACGGGGAAGUGGCACGAAGUGGACUACACAUCGGCAAUGAACUCGCUGAUAAAAGCUCAUGAAUUGAGUGGUGCCAAGCUUUUUGCUCACCGUCCUCAAUGGAACCAAGGAUUGCAAUUAGAACAUGAGCGGUGGAUCGUGGACCAUCUUGCAGAGGGCAAGCCAGUGUUUGUCACGCAUUACCCGAAAGAUGUCAAGCCAUUCUACAUGCUCCCUUCAUCGGCAAUGACUCCUCAGCGAGAUAUUCCUCGAUCGGAGUUCAGCGGCGAUACUAUGGCUUGCUUCGACCUUCUUCUUCCCUUUGGGUAUUGCGAAGUCGUCGGGGGAAGUCUCAGAGAACACCGGCUCGAGCAUCUCAUUCAGUCUAUGCGUCAAAAGGGGCUUAUCAAGAGAACUGAGCUGUCGAAUGGUGAGAAUAACGGGAAUGGUUAUCCGUUUCUGGAAAAGGGAGAGAGUUUGGGAAACAUGAAGUGGUACGCCGAUCUUCGACGAUUCGGAAGCAGUCCGCAUGGAGGCUACGGCCUGGGAUUUGAUCGCUUGCUGGCCUACAUGGCCGGUGUCAACAAUUUGAGAGAGGUCGUUCCGUUCCCGAGGACCUGGGGGCGGGCGGAUUGCUGA